GAGAGUAAUGAAUGGCAUGAGCAUUGCUUUACUAUUUUUGACAAGCCAUAUCAAUGCGCUACAUUGGAACGUACGCGACCUAAUAUCGGUUUGAACUUUUAUUCACAUUUAUUCACUAGGCAUAAACCAGACAAGGAGAAGAAGAAGACCGAGUUGGACUAAUUAGUCUACUACUAACUCGAAUCAAUAACCCAACUGAAAACUGACACAAGCUUCUACAUUUUCAUAUUUGUCAAGCCGAAAGGGAUCUUGCUUCUGGACAUGUGAAUCAAAGGAGUUACUGCGAACCCCUGAAAAUGAAGCUACUAGCAUCGGUUCUGUGUUGCUUGGGCUUUCUGCUCACUUCUGCGCUGUUUCCGAGGAUCUCUUCACAAGCAGUAUGCGCCGGCACAGAGAACAAGCUGAGUACUCUGUCAGACCUGGAGCAGCAGUACCGCACCCUAAGGAAGUAUUAUGAGAACUGUGAGGUGGUGAUGGGGAACCUGGAGAUCACCAGCAUCGAUCGCUCCCGAGACCUCUCCUUCCUCAGGUCUAUCCGUGAGGUGACAGGCUAUGUGCUGGUGGCUCUGAACCAGUUUGACUACCUUCCGCUGGAGAACCUGAGGAUCAUCAGAGGAACUAAGAUGUAUGAAGACCGCUACGCUCUGGCGAUCUUCCUCAACUACCGCAGAGAUGGGAACUUUGGCCUGCGCCAGCUGGGACUGAAGAACCUCACAGAGAUCCUACAGGGCGGUGUCUAUGUCGACCAGAAUAAGUUCCUGUGCCACGCAGACACCAUCCACUGGCAAGACAUCGUCAAGAACGCCCGCGUCAGCCCUCUGGUUGUGCCAACCAAUAGCAGUGUUACAUGUCAGAAGUGUCACGUAUCCUGUAAUGGUCGCUGCUGGGGCCCAAAGGAGGACCAGUGUCAGACCUUGACUAAAACCGUGUGUGCUGAGCAGUGUGACGGUCGCUGUUUCGGACCCUGGGUCAGUAACUGCUGCCAUCGCGAGUGUGCAGGAGGAUGCUCCGGACCCAAGGAUACGGACUGCUUCGCUUGCACCAACUUCAACGACAGCGGGGCGUGUGUGACCCAGUGCCCCCAGCCCCAUGUAUACAACCCCACCACCUUCCAGCUGGAAAGCAACCCCAGAGCCAAGUACACCUACGGAGCCUUCUGCGUCAAGAAGUGCCCUCAUAACUUUGUGGUGGACCACAGCUCCUGUGUGAGGGCUUGUCCCAGCAACAAGAUGGAAGUAGAAAAUGACCGCAUCAAGAUGUGCAUCGCCUGCACUGAUAUCUGUCCAAAAGCCUGUGAUGGUAUAGGUACAGCCAGUCUGCAGUCAGCCCAGACUGUGGACUCCAGCAACAUAGACAAGUUCACCAACUGUACCAAGAUCAAUGGAAACCUGGUCUUCCUCAUCACUGGCAUUAAAGGGGAUGUGUACCACAACAUUGAGGCUCUGGAUCCAGAGAAACUGAAUGUGUUUCGGACUGUUAGGGAGAUUACAGGUUUCCUGAACAUCCAGUCGUGGCCAGAGAACAUGACAGACCUGAGUGUCUUCUCCAAUCUGGCAACCAUAGGAGGUAGAGCACUGUACAGUGGUAUCUCUCUCCUAGUGUUGAAGCAGCGGUGGAUCUCGUCCCUCCAGCUCCAGUCCCUGAAUGAGAUCAGUGCUGGUAAUGUGUACAUCACCAAUAACAGUCAGCUGUGCUACUACAACACCGUCAACUGGACCGGCCUGUUCAGAGCCAACAACCAGAAGGUCCUCAUACGGAACAACAGAGACCCCAAAGAGUGUACUACUGAGCGGAUGGUGUGUGACCCUCUGUGUUCGGACGCUGGCUGCUGGGGGCCGGGACCAGACCAGUGCCUGGCCUGUCGCUACUUCAGCCGGGGACGCACCUGUGUGGACACCUGCAACCUCUAUGAAGGGGAGGUGCGUGAGUAUGCCAACGGCUCGGUGUGUGUGGAGUGUGAUUCCCAGUGUGAGAGAGCAGACGAUUACUCUCUGACCUGUCAUAGCCCGGGUCCGGAUCACUGUGUGAAGUGUCUCCACUUUAAAGAUGGUCCUAACUGUGUGGAGAAGUGUCCCGACGGCCUUCAGGGGGCCAUCAGCUUCAUCUUUAAAUAUGCCGAGGCCAACAACGAGUGUCAUCCCUGUCACUCCAACUGCACGCAGGGGUGUAUUGGACCCAGACUGCAGGACUGUAUUGGCAUGAUGGACAGGACUCCCUUGAUUGCUGCCGGGGUGAUAGGGGGCCUCUUCGUCGUGGUCAUUGUGGCUCUGAGUGUAGCCGUGUCUGUCCGCAGGAAGAGCAUCAAGAAGAAGAGAGCCCUGCGACGCUUCCUCGAGACAGAGCUGGUGGAGCCCCUGACACCUAGUGGUACAGCCCCUAACCAGGCCCAGCUCCGCAUCCUCAAAGAGACUGAACUCAAGAGGGUCAAGAUACUGGGCUCGGGGGCCUUCGGCACCGUCUACAAGGGUAUCUGGGUGCCGGAGGGUGAGACAGUGAAGAUCCCGGUCGCCAUCAAGAUCCUGAACGAGGCAACGGGACCCAAGGCUAACGUGGAGUUCAUGGAUGAGGCUCUGAUCAUGGCUAGCAUGGAGCACCCCCACCUGGUCCGUCUCCUGGGGGUCUGCCUGAGCCCCACCAUCCAGCUGGUCACCCAGCUCAUGCCCCACGGCUGUCUGCUCGACUACGUCCAUGAACACAAGGACAACAUCGGCUCCCAGCUGUUGCUCAACUGGUGUGUUCAGAUCGCCAAGGGUAUGAUGUAUCUGGAAGAGCGGAGACUGGUGCACAGGGACUUGGCUGCCCGUAACGUGCUGGUCAAGUCCCCCAACCACAUCAAGAUCACUGACUUUGGUCUGGCUCGGUUGCUGGACGUCAAUGAGAAGGAGUACAACGCAGACGGGGGCAAGAUGCCAAUCAAGUGGAUGGCCUUGGAGUGUAUCCACUACAGGAAGUUUACACACCAGAGUGAUGUCUGGAGCUACGGGGUGACCAUUUGGGAAUUGAUGACAUUUGGGGGGAAGCCCUAUGAUGGCAUCCCGACCCGGGACAUCCCAGAUCUGCUGGAAAAAGGAGAGCGUCUUCCCCAACCUCCCAUCUGCACCAUAGAUGUAUACAUGGUCAUGGUCAAAUGUUGGAUGAUAGAUGCAGACAGCAGGCCCAAGUUCAAGGAGCUAGCUGCAGAGUUCUGUAGGAUGGCCCGGGACCCUCAGCGUUUUCUGGUCAUCCAGGGUGAUGACCGUAUGAAGCUGCCCAGCCCCAACGACAGUAAGUUCUUCCAGAGCCUGCUGGAUGAGGAGGAGCUGGAGGAUCUGAUGGAUGCUGAGGAGUACCUGGUUCCUCACGCCUUUAAUAUCCCACCGCUGGCGUACACACCCAGGACACGUGUUGACUCCAACAGGAACCAGUUUUUGUACCAAGACCCUAGUUUCGGCAUGGAAGACAUGUUGGGUACCAUGGGGACCAUCCCACGGGUGCUGUCCCUGUCUGCAGUCCCAGGGUGCAGGCCCCCAGGGGACCCGUCUGUAGGGGGGCAAGGCGGCAGCGGCCAAGAGGAUAAACGUUUCGAGGACCAGCGCUGUAACGGCACCCUGAGGAAGCAGGCCUCACCCCGGCCCGCGGGACCUCCAGGACAAGGCGGAGCCCCAGCCUCAGGUCCAGGGGAGGACAGCAGUGGACAGCGCUACAGUGCAGACCCCACCAUCAUGCUGGGGGAGAGAGGUGCUAGAGGAGACACAGACCAGGAUGGAUACCUGACCGCCAUGAGGGAGAAGGUCUCCUCAGACUAUCUCAACCCUGUGGAGGAGAACCCGUUCGUGACGCGCCGGAGGAACGGAGACACCCUGACCCUGGACAGCUGUAACCCCUACCAGGUGGCCCCCAUAGGUCCCCAGCAGGCCGGCUCCGGCCCAAGAGUGGAUGACGAAUACGUCAACGAGCCCCUCUACCUCAACACCUUCCACAACCCCGGAGGACCAGGGCCAGGAGAGGGAGACUACACCGAUUAUACCCUGAAAAAGAACGGAGUCCCUGGGGGACACAACCCUAUCCUCGCCACCCUUACCAGCCAAUCAGGCACCACUGGCGUCACUGCUGGCCAAACAGGCACCACCCAGGCAGGGAACCCCUCCCACAGCGUCCAGGCAGCCAACGCCCACGCUGUCUCCGCACAACCGGGAUACGCAGCACCUCCGGGGCUCGGCGCAGCCGGCUCUCACCCAGGGCACAUCCUGCACCCAGGUCACCCUUCCCACCCCGGGUACACCCUCCACCCCGGUCUCACAGGCACCAUCAUGGUGGACAAGAAGACCAGACAAGACAAGAACAAGACGUUUGACAAUCCAGAGUACUGGCAGCAUAGCCUCCCUCCCAAAGCCACCCUGCACAACCCAGAGUACCUGCAGGACUGCAGCACGCGCUUCUUCUACAGGCAGAACGGACGUAUCCGGCCCGCCGUGGCCGAGAACCAGGAGUACCUGACGGAGUUCGCCCUGAAACCCGGGACCGUGCUACCGCCCCCGCCCUACAGACAGAGGAACACUGUGGUGUAACGUGGAGUAGUGAGGAGGACUGGGUGAGAAGAGGAGGAAGACAAGGGGAGGAGGAGGAGUGAGGGGGAUGUACGGAGGAAGAAGGGCAAGAUCG